CCUCGAAUCACGUAAUCAAGAGAAAGGACUAUUUGAGCAUUCCGCCAUCUUAAUGUGUAACUUUAAUAUGCAUAUACAACAAGUUUUAAUAUAUUUCUUUGUGUUUAUUCUCGUUCUCGUUCGGGAUGGAAAAUGCAGUCAAUCAAAGGUGAAUAUUCCCGACCCUUGUCAAAGGGAAAACCAUCUGAGUAAGGAUAUACACACCAAUGUGGCGAAAAUAAUAGAAUUCUCUUCAAAAUUAAGAAGAAUCUCUGACACGUUGUACAAAGAACACAUGAACCUGACAGAUGCUUUGAUUAAAUUGGUUGGACUGCCAGCUUCAGAGGUGCCUAAAGUAUGUCAACAGGAUCCUUCUUUAAUAUUUCCACACCCCAAUGAGUGUCAACUGUACUACAACUGUUCCAUGACGUACAAUAAGGUCCCAGCUAACCUAGAACAACACUUGAUGGAGUGUCCGUACCCAGAAGUUUUCUCCACACGUUCUCUCAAAUGUGAAAAUUUUACAAGAGUAUGCUGUGACACAAGACAGGUCAUUAAGGAUAAAUGUGAUUAUAGAUCAUAUGUUGGAAGUAAAAGGACGUGUCAUAGGACAUAUCCAAGUUGUAAGAGAAAACAGGAUGGUUUACACCAGGGAUAUCAAGGUCCAAACUCAUACAUUGACUGUUUCCAAGAGCGUUUGAUUAACAAGGGGACUUGUAAGGAUGACAAACUUUGGGAUAUAUACAAAAUCCCCUACAACGGUAAGUGUACAAACCCUUUCGAGGUUCCUCACAAAGAUGGCGGAUUUCUAUCUAGUUGUGAGGGGAAAACGGAUGGGAACUACCGUUUUGAGCAUGACAGCUUGUACAUGGGACAAGGAGAUUACUUCGGAUUUGGUAGACAAUGUGAUGCGUUCUAUCGCUGCCAAGGGGGCGUGGCUACAGCUGUCAAAUGUCCGAAUGGAACUGUGUUUGAAUCGGAAAGUAGAAGUUGAAAGGCUGGUAAUCAAUCUAUAGAACUGGGAUGUCAGCUAUACUGUAACCCUACCUUUAAAAUGUGGAACGGGUUUCCAAAUAAUUUGGCUGAAUGUCCCUAUCCAGAACAGUUUUCUGACGUCACUCAUAAAUGUGAAAACUUCACCAAGGUCUCAUGUGGCUCUCGUCCUCAAGUCAAGGACUAUUGUAAGUAUUCAAUACC